AUGGCCUCGGGGUUCCAUUCGGGCCUGGAGCCGGCUCGGCAAGACUACCCGGAAGUCACGCACGUGUCGCAUGGAUACGGCCACCAGUACAACCAGCAACCACCGCAGCCAUACUACUCACAGCCCUACGAUCCCCCGGCGGUGCCGGCACCUAAGCUAGAGCCUUCGGCGACCCCAGCUCCGCCGCCGUCGUCGUACGGUGGGCAAACCGUAGCAUCACCCUUCAAUUCGGACGCGCAACCCGUGGCGGCCCAGCAUGAACCCCAGUCCGGAACUGGCAGGACCAUAUUCGGCUGCAGCCUCCUCGUCUUCAUCCUAUCGUGCAUCGUCGCCAUCCUCUCGGCCGCCGUGAUCGGCCUGGCAGCAGCAACAGGCAUCGAAUCGCAGCGCGCGAGCAGCGCAUCAUCCAGCCUGGCCGCCCUCAGCGCCUCGGUAGCAUCGGCAGCCUCAGCCACGGCCAGCGCGCCCGGCACAACAUCCACGGCCGUGGGCGUCAUCGACGACGGCUGCUCCACCAAUCCCUCCAGCGUCGACAAGACGCUGUACACCUCCUUCUCCCUACUCGGCGCGCUCAAAUUCACCCGCUACUGCGACAAAGACGCGCCCAACGACCCCCUCCUCUCGCUCUUCACCGCCAACUUCGGCACCUGCAUGGACGCGUGCGCGGCCUACACCAAGUAUGUCACGCCGGACAUGAUCAGCAGCGGCAACAGCACCGACGCCAACGCCACCUGCGAGGCCGUCUCCUUCAUCCCCGCGUGGACCAACAAGCUGACGGCGGAGCGCGGCGGCGCCCCCGGGAACUGCUACCUCAAGGGCGGGCCGCAGAAUGAGACGGGGCUGAAGGAUCCGGAUAUUGGGGUCGAUUGUCAUGCGGCGAUCUUUACGCCGGGGGCGUGA